GCGGCUUACGUGCAAAUGCCGCUGAAUAGACGCGAACAGAAACUGUGGGAGCAGACUCAAGACGAGUGAAAGACCUUCAAAAGCGCUUAAAUAGGCAGAAAAGACAUUGGCCACAAUGCCAUCUCUCUGACGGGGAACCUUACUUUCAUCUUCUGUUACUUCUCAGCAAAAGUCUGCCAACUUUUGGAUGCACAAGGUGAGAUCAAGUAAAUCUCUUCACCAAUAAAGCCAAAAUCAGUAUGGGUUGAAAGAGUUUCUCAACCUGCCAAGACACAUCAUCUCUGAAUUCAAACAUGCGUAACGCCAACAACAACAAUGCAUUUGGGACGCAGUCAAGAAUCCAGACUUCCGUAAAUCAGCGAGCAUCGCGGAAGAAACAGAAGAUUGGUCAGGACUCCAGAGAACGGCCUAAGAACCAGUUGAUCCAAGGUUCCAGAGCCAGUGAUAAUGCCUGGACAUGCUUGCCUAAAGACUCUUCCGUCCCAGUUCCUACGCUGUCCUUCAUCACCUCCGCAUUUCUUGUUGCGUUGUUAAGCAUCGGGACUUACUGGAACAGUCGCAAGGGUGACUUUGUCUUUGAUGACCUUGAGGCGAUCAUCAAGAAUCAGGAUGUGAAGCCAGAGACACCGCUCUUGAAGCUUUUCCAGCAUGACUUCUGGGGCCGGGACAUCGAGCUGAAGGAGAGUCAUAAGUCCUACAGGCCUCUCACUGUUCUCACUUUCAGGAUCAACUAUUACCUAGCUGGAGGCCUUCAUCCAUGGGGCUUCCAUCUUGUGAACAUACUCCUCCAUGCCACUGUGAGUGUGUUGGUUUUGCCUGUGUCCUCCACACUUCUUGCAGUGGUGACAGAUGCUGGAAAAGGGGUUGAGGGACGAUUCAUGGAAUGUCCAAGAGCCAGCCUCUUGUGUGCAAUACUCUUUGCUAUUCAUCCGAUUCAUACUGAAAAUGUUGCUGGUAUCGUUGGACGAGCAGAUCUUUUAUGUGCCUUGUUUUUCUUCAUGUCUUUCCUUGCAUAUUCAAAUGUUUGCAAAAAUGAUUCUUGCCUCAAUUCAUCUCAUCUGUAUUCAGUUUUCUGUCUUGUACUCAGCAUGAUAUUGUGUGCACUGGCAAUGCUCUGCAAAGAGCAAGGCAUUACAGUUAUAGGAAUCUGUAGUGUGUAUGACAUCAUCAUCAACUGUGAUAUUGACCCAAUCCCAGCAUUAUCUACCACCUUUGCAACUCUGAAGCGCCAUCAUGUGUUGCCAUCUAUACAGCUUGUCUUCCGUUCUCCGGAAUUAAGAUGGCUGAGAAGGUUACUACUCAGACACAUUAUUCUUGUCAUUACAGCCGUUAUACUUUUAUUAACCAGAUUUUUCAUCAUGGGGAGUGGGAUUCCGUCUUUUCAACAAGUUGAUAAUCCAGCUUCAUUUCUUGAUAGUAUCUGGAUAAGGAUGAUCAAUUAUAGCUACAUCUACUCCUUGAAUGCCUGGCUUCUCCUUAAUCCAUGGUGGUUGUGUUUUGAUUGGUCAAUGGGUUGCAUACCUGUAAUCCAAACACCCCUUGAUCCCAGAGUGGUUGCUCCCAUUGUCUUCUGGAUAACAAUGGGUGUCAUUUUCUUUCAUUGUUUAUUUGGACCAGACCAUUAUGAAAGAAGAGUUCUGACUGUUUCCAUGUCUGCAGUGAUCAUUCCUUUCCUCCCAGCAUCUAAUAUCUUUUUCAGGGUGGGGUUUGUCGUUGCUGAACGCGUCCUCUACUUACCGAGUCUGGGAUUCUGUUUACUGGUUGUCAUGGGAACCAGACAUCUGUGUAUGAAUGCAACCCCUAUCAUGAAGAGAGCUAUCCAGGGUCUUCUCCUGACUCUGGUUGUCUGUCAUGUGACCUGCUGUUACCAUAGAAACAACGAAUGGUUGACCGAGAGACAACUCUACCAAUCUGGGCUCAGAGUAUGUCCUGGAAAUGCUAAGGUUCAUUACAACAUCGGCAAGAGUGCAGCAGAUGCAGGCCAUACACAAGAAGCUAUUGAUGCAUAUAGAGAGGCCAUAAGGCUUCAUCCCGAUUACGACCAGGCUCUGAACAAUUUGGGUAACAUCUUGAGAGAUUUGAAUCAGACAGAAGAAGCAUACACCCUCAUUUCAAAAGCUGUCCAUAUCAGACCAACCUUUGCCGCUGCCUGGAUGAACCUUGGCAUUGUCCAAGCAACCUUGAAGAAAUAUCAGGAUGCUGAGGUCAGCUACCUGACGGCUCUCAAACAUCGGAAGCAUUACCCUGAUUGCUACUUCAACUUGGGAAAUCUGUACUUAGUCCUAGGCCGUACAGACCAGGCUAUAUCUGCAUGGCUGAAUGCUACAUCAAUGCUUAACACACAUGCUGAAGCCUGGAGUAACACUCUGCUACUUCUUGAUAACUUAGGUCAAUAUAACACUGCUGUAUCAGUAGGACAGGAAGCCUUGAGGCAUGUUAAAGAUGAUCCUCAAAUCUACUACGCUUUUGGCAAUGUAUUAGGCAAGAUGGAACGAUACAAGGAAGCGGAGGAGAUGUACCUUCAAGCCAUCCACUACAAAUUGGAUGUUGCUCGUUACCAUGGCAACCUUGGUGUUCUUUAUCAUCGAUGGGGAAAGCUCGAGGAGGCCUACCAUCAGUACCAGAGGUCGCUGACCCUUGACCCCUCUUCAGAGGUCAUGGAAGAUAAUUUGAGAAAGCUUGGGAGGAAGUUGAAGAAGGGAUGAAUUUUGUAAAAAUUUCCCGUUUUCAAAAGUUUCCUCGAGUGAAGGGUUUGUACAGCAAACUCAGAGUGAAUGAUACGACAUUGUAUGUAAGGAAGUGAAGAAAGAAUACAUUUGCUCAAAAAUAUUUGAUUAUGAAAUGUUAAAUGAUGUCCACAGAAUAUUGGUAUGCAAGAGAAAAUGCACAUUUACACAGAACUAUUCAUGGCCUUAAAAAAGUAGGAUAUUGGAGAAAAAAAUAUAAUAAAACACACAUAUAUACACAGAAAAUAUAUUGGCUUGUAUGUGAGAAUGUUUUGAGGUAUUUGAGAGUAGAAACAACAUAAUAUUCUCAGUCUACAUGUAACUGUUAUUGUAGACAUAUGAUGUGGUUAUUUUUAUAGGCAAGAAUAAAAAAACACCUUGAACUUGUGCCUUAAUAAGCAGUGGAUAAUAUUUGUUUGAGCUAGUUGCUACAGUGACAGUCACACCAAGGAAACUGACUCCAAACUGUCCAAUGGUUUUUAUUGAUCAUAAUGUAAUAGAUUUUAUUGAUUUAGUCGAUGUGACUGAGAACUAAGUUUGAUAUCCGUGAAAAAGGUAUACCAAACUAAAUAUUAUUUUGAAUAGUCUUUCUUACCAGUUGUGCUAGAAAAAAGUAUAUAUACAAAGCGAACACCUAGUCUCUCAACCAGUGUCUUUUUGAUGAGAAGUAUGGGACAUAAAAAUAGUAUUUUUAAAAGUAUAAAUAAACAAAUGAUGUUUUGAAAUAUAUAUUUUGUAAUGUAUAUUUAUUUAAAAAAAAAUUAAGUGUACAUUAUGCAUGUUGUGGAUGGUUAAGUCGAGGGAAAAGAUUCAUGUCUAAGUUCAAUGGUCAUAGUAGAUUUAGUAGGUCUAAUGUCUAAAUUUGUUAUAUAUGUAUGAUAUAAUGUUAAAAAAACAUCUCAAAACACACUUAUAUAACCAUAAACCUUAACUUGUCUUAUGCCAUCAACAGCGCUUUGUAUUCUCUGGAAAAAGUGCUAUAUAAAUCCAAUUUCUAUUAUUUUAUUAUUAAUAUUAUAGUUUUUGAGAUGAGUGUAUUUGACAUGAAACUGGUAAAAUACCGCCAUUCUUUGUGCAGCAUUACUCAUGAUCAUUGCUCAGGAUCUUCUGUGCCUGAAAGUUAUUGACAUGUUUCCCAUAUUGUAAUUUUUUAAAAAUACAACAGGGAAAUACAAUUGAAAAUAAUAUAACAUGUCAAAUAAAGUGUGGCAAGAAAUUUAAUUGCGUAAUGGGGUAUUGCAAAAAAAUUUACUGCAAAUUGCAACUGAAUGCAUAUCAACUUAAAAAAUUUGUAUUCAAUGGACUUGCACUUAAUUUGCAGACUUAUUUGGAAAUGAAACUUGAAGUUUCUUAAAGUACCCUUAAUGUGUUUUGUUAUUGUUGCAUCAGAAUAUCUAUAGUGUUAACUAUUUAAAAUGUGUUUUUUUUAGUGCUUUCUAAGCUAUUUCAUUUUCAAGAAUAUCAGUUGGUGUGCUUACAGAAUUAUACAAUUUAUAUAUUUUAGUGUUAGUAUAUUAUGUACCGUAUGUAGAUAAAAUAUUUCUUUUUAGAUGCAAAUAUGCAGUACUAUCAUGAAAUACAAGAUUAUUGAAUAUAAUCGUUGAUAACUCAUCCGUUCCCUUAUAUAUGUUUUUUUUUUCAUUUCAUGCCAAGCAUAACUAAGAAUUCUCUUCUCUUAUAGAUGUACAUUAUUUGUUUUAUGUUGGUCAUUUAUGUGCCCUUCUAUAAUUUUCUCUUACUCUGAAGCCUUGACUCUCAAAACAGAGAAUUAUUUAUUCAAACAGUGAUAUUAUUACAGUUAAACCGUAACACAAACUUUUAAGGUUAAUGAUUAAUCGUACGCUUGAUUUUCACAAUUUUACAUUGCAGUCAAUCCAAUCAAUCAUGAAAAAAUUCUACAAUGAUUGCUAAGCUUUGUGUUAUGAGCCCCAGCUUAAAUGACUACCUGUAAAGACCACACCUUUUCUUUCCCUUGGAAACAUGUCUCCAUAGUAAUAUGUAUGAGAAGGAACCUGUCCAUAAAGACCACCUGUUCAUGGAGACCACUUUUUUUCUCACAUAGGCAGUCUUUAUAUAUAGGUUUGAAUGUAUUGUGAUAUGUGGAGCGUUGUGGCCAAGUGGAUUAGUCUUCGGACUUUGAACAGAGGGUCGUGGGUUCGAAUCCCAGCCAUAGCGUAAUUUCCUUCGGCAAGAAAUUUAUCCACAUUGUGCUGCAUCCGAACCAGGUGAGGUAAAUGGGUACCUGGCAGGAAUUUAUUCCUUGAAAUGCCACCGCGCUGUUAAAAGGCUGCGGUGCUAAAGCCAGGGUAAUAAUAUCCAAUUAAGCGCAUAGGGACGCAUUUGGCAGUGAUAUGCGCUAUAUAAGCAUGUUGGUAUUAUUAUUUGUGACAUACCAUCCCCAAAGCACCAAUAAGUCACCCAAAAUGAAUUUUUAGAUUUUUGGGGGGAAAUUUAAAGAGAACAUCCUAUGCUUUCAAAUGAUAUAUAACUAGUCAAAAAUGGUCAACAAUAACCAUCACAACUAGAGUGAAUGGAGAAGGAAUUCAACGAGAGCUUCAAAUAAAUAAGGAGAAAACAAGGUUUGAAUGGGUUCACUCAAGCAUGAGAUGGACACAUUGUACAAAGAAGGAGUGAAAUUAAAGAGGUUAAAGGGUAAUUAUAGAUGAGUUUACUUUCAAUCUUUAAAAAAAAAUUAAUUCACCCUAUAUCACAUACCUUCGUAAUUUUAUGUAACUACAUUCUUCAAAUUUACUAGACCAAAAGCUUCAGUCUCUGUAUUUUGUUUGUUCCGCUGAACUACGUUGGCUCCACUGGUAAAUGGGGAUUACAGUAAAAUGUCAGAAAUUGUUGAAUAAAUCCCCAGAAACGACGGUUAUUCCUGUCUACAAAUUUACCUGAUAUCCAAAAUGUAUAAAUACCAAUGACUUUUUAUAAUUAUCAGUCUGAUGAUGAGGUUUAAGCCUUGUAAUAUGUUCCAUUCAUAAAAAUAUGCGCUCUUCAUUAUUUUUGUCUUCUACUUGUAUUCAAACAAGUUUAUUGAAUUGUGCUAUGCUGUGAAUUGUUAAAACAAUCAAAUUGAAUUGGAAUUCUAAUUGAAAUUGGAAUGAAAUUGACUAACUCUCAUACAUCGUAUAACAUGUAUUACAUUUUGAGGCACACUGUAUGGUGGGUUAUGAUAAUAUUCUCAAAUGCCAUUAUAAUUAUAUGUAAUGAAUUAAUGUACAAAGUAUUAUAUUUAUGGUGCUUGAAUUUUUUAAAAUACAAAUGUAGAAAACUUGUGGCAUGUCAUGUCAGCAAAUGUACUGUAUUCAAAGGUUUGAUGUUUACAAUGGACCAAAUACACACGGUCUUUCAUACUUAA